AUUGUGGAAGGCAGGUUACUUCUAAGGGGGAGGGACAGAUUCCCACUCCUUCCAUGAUAUACUUGAGCCGAGGAGUCAAUUUGCAGACUUCAAAUGGUUCCAUGGGGUCAUUGUACUCACACCAUCCCAUUUGUCGUACUUUUGUGUUCUGGAGGAAGCCUUCAAGUAAUAGUGAGUUUAUUUAGCUGCAGAAAGUUUGGCGAACUCCAGUUCAUUCAGGGGCCUGCUAACGGCAGGGAAAGUUCAGCUCUCAGCUCCAGAGCUCAGUGACGUUAAUAAGAUCCAGAGCACCAAGAGCUGGACAGCUGUGGUCUUCUUUAUCCUCUGCCCUGCAGGGUUCGUCCCUUGCGGGGUGUGUACCUGGAAGAUGGGGCAGGCGGCGCUGAGGAGAACGGGGGCCAAGUGACCCCCGGGAGGAGCCCUGGCAAGGCGAGACGCCGCAAGGCUUGACGGCCGCCACUGAGCGCGUCUGCCCGGAGUUUGGCUUUUGCUCUGCCUGCGCGUCUGGAGGAGUGAGAGAGGGGAGGACCAGAGGAAGGUGCCCGGCUUGUGCCCCUCCCCCUCGGAGGGGCAGGAGGAGAGGGGCAACCCCACAGCAAGACGGAGAGCGCGGGAAAGGGUUUCCUUGGAGGACAGGGUCAAGACUGCCCGCCUGGAAGAGACGGAACGAGGAGAAAGGGUUUCCUUGGAGGAAAGGGUUACGACUUCCCCGCCUGGAAGGCUUCCUAGGAAGAGACGAAGAGAGGCGAAAGGCUUUCUUUCCUUCAAACUCCACAAGAAGAAGGCUUCCGAGAAAGCCGGCGACCCAAAAAGUGAAGAAAGUCGCCAAGAAGUGCUGCGGGAGCCAAGAAAGCGGCGGCCAAGAGCCCCAAGAAGGCCAUCAAGAGCCCUGAAAGCCAAGCCUAAAACGACCAAGCCUAAACUCGCCUCUAAAAAGAAGGGAGCCCCAUACUCCUACAGACUGCCCCGCUUAGGAAAGGGUUUCCUUGGAGGAAAGUGUCAAGACUGCCCCGUUUGGAAGGCUUGGAAGGGGUCUUAAAGAAGACGAAGAAGGGCGAGGAGGGGGGGGCCUGAGGCAUGGAUGUGGGCGCCCUCCCUUCAGGCCAGACCUCCGCCUCCGCCCCCGCCUCGUCCUCGGCCCCUCCGGCCCUGAGUAGCCCCGCGCUGCCUCCGCCGUCCUUCCGCCUCGGCCCGGGCUGCCCCCUUCCAGUAUGUUUCUUCCCGUGAGGCGUCGCCCCGCGCCCGGAGCUUCAGGACAAUGUGCAGAUGGAGACUGAGCCAGGGUGCCACCGCCGCCUUCGCCCACCUGCCUCCUCCUCCUCCCUCCUCUUCUUCUUUCCGUCGGGGCCGAGGCGUCUUCCUGCUGCUCUGCGGGGCGGCGAUGGUGCUGGGCGUGAUGCCACCCUCGUCCUGGGCGCUGCCUUGCCGUGAGGAUGACAGGCUGCUCCCGGGAGGCAGGCACAACGCCUCGGCUUCUUCUUCCUCCUCCUCCUCCUCCUCCUCCUCCUCUUCCUCCUCUUCUUCCUGCGCCGGGAGGCACGUCCGGAGCUAUGAGCACCUCCAAGGCGACGUCCGCUGCAGGAAGCUCUACUGCUUCAACAAGUAUUUCCUCCGCAUCGAGAAGAACGGCAACGUCAGCGGCACCAAGAAGGACAACUGCCCGUACAGCAUAUUGGCAAUAACAUCUGUGGACAUUGGAGUUGUGGCAGUGAAAUCCAUUAAAAGCAAUUAUUAUCUAGCCAUGAACAAGAAUGGAAAGGUCUAUGGAUCUAGGGAGUUUAACAAUGACUGUAAACUAAAAGAGAGGAUAGAAGAAAAUGGAUACAAUACAUAUGCAUCGUACAUUUGGAAACACAACGGAAGGCAUAUGUUUGUGGCUUUGAACGGAAGAGGAGCCACAAGAAAAGGACAGAAAACCAGGAGGAAAAACACCACAGCUCAUUUUCUCCCAAUGGUAGUGGAGCCUCAGAUGAAGGACCUGUUCUAUUGAUAGCAGUUGAACCAAAGAUCAUUUGUCAGGAAUACUUUGUAAUCCUCUUGAAGAGGAAAGGCAGAAACAGUGCAGACGUCUGCUUGAUUGAAAAGAGGAGGGAAGCCUUUGAAGGUUUUGUGCUCUCUGCUGGCACAUGAAGUACUUCUAAUUAGUUCUGUGUCAUAUCUUAUAAUCAAGACACAAGCUGGAUCAAAUGGGAUGGGAGCUCCUUCCAGUGUGAACAAAUUUAUUAUUAUUAUUAUUAAUAUUAUUAUUCAUCUUGCCGAUAGAACUUAAACGACAUGAGACAAUGUAUUGAAUGAAGUCCGGUGGAAGUUAUUUAUGGAAUACUAACUCAUAUCAAAGACCUUCACUGCUCAUUCAAGCCUGAUGAUCCAAUGAACAGUGAGGCACGCAAGCAUUUACUGGAAGCACAUGGAUCAUAUGCAGAAAUAAAGAAGAUUCUGAGAUGGUGUUGUGGAAGAAAUGAAUAGGAUUAAGAAAUAUAAGCACAUUAGAGUAAAACUGUUCUAACAAAAUAAAUAGUAUGGUCCCCUCCUUGUAUGCUAACGCCAUGGCUUUGUAUUUCUCCCUAAAUUAUUUAUUUAAUAGGAUGUUAAAUAUCUUUCUUCUCUUUUUUGUUUGUUUUGAAGGAGUUUCUCAGUUGCUUCCUGUUAUGUAAUUGUCGUUUUCCUUCUUUCAGUAUUGUAUACAAGAUCAACCAAGUCAGAUGUCAAAUGCUUACAUAAGUAGCCAAGAGGAGAUAAUCUCUAAGGCUUAAAAGAAAAUCUAGGGCGGUGGUUUUUGUUUAAUAUUGAUCCCCAUUCUGGCUUUAUUUCCUUCUUUGUCUUUCUUGAAACUCGACUUUGUCUUUUUUAAAUUUUGCACUUAAAAUCAAUAGGGUCAGAUAUGCAUGGGAGUUACAACAUGAACCCUGCGUGCCAGAUUUCACUAACAUCCUUGAUGCCUUUGUUCCUCACAGGAACAAAACUUCCCAUUAUGCAUCAUCUGAAGACUCUUGCUGCUGUUUUAAAAUGGACAAGUUGAACUGGUCCUCAAAAGUGCAUUUCUAGCCAAAUGGAUUCAGUUCAAUGCCUGAUCCCAAAUAUGGUGAAAUUUAAACAAAACUAUUUGCUUGAUUGUUUGUGGGGGGAAAGCUAUAUAGCAUCCUAUAUUUGUGAUAUCAUAUCUUUUCAGAGUAAAGCUGGAUUGAGUAUGUGGAGCUAAUAACAUCUGGUAUAUAAAUUUACCCUUUUUCCCAAUCUUCCAAAAAGUAAGUCAAAAAAAGAGCCAAAUCUUAUCAUCUUUCAAUGGCAAUAAGGACAUGUAAAAGUAGUACAUGUGAUACUAACGCCAAUGGCAAACAUUAGUAUUAGAUCCUAUUACAAUUGGACAGUUAAAACUAGAAAUAUUUUUGCUGAAAUACAUGAUCAAACUAAGUAUCAAAAAUGUGCAUUUUCCUGCACAUGAGUGCACUGCACUGAGCAUCAAAUGUGUGUUUGCAUUCCUCAGAGAUCUUGCUUUUGAAAAUUACAAAGUUCAUUUGGGGUAGUCAGUUGAGAAACCUUUCAUGCCAGGUUGCCAACAGGCUUGAAUGGGCUUUAUCACCAAAACACAAGUAGCUGCUUCUUGUUACUUUCUAUCAUCAAUACAUUGCUGGUUGGGAGGUUAUGUUUUACCUCUGAACAGAAGGCAGCAAGAGCAUUCUAUCUGCUUUUGCCAUUUUUCUCUUUCUUCAAAAAGAUUUAUGAUAUAAAGCCCUCAUCAUGCAACUUCCUACUGAGAAAGUGUUCCAGCAAGGUUCUGUCUGCUGCAUUGACAGUGACUUGACAUGAAGAAAUCACAACACUGAUUAUCAGUUGUUAUUUAAAUGUGAAAUAUGGAAAAAAAAAUCUCCUCUAAUGCAUUCUUGACUCAGAGAACUGAAAAAUCACUAGAUAAAAAUAUUCCUGAACUGAGGCACUUAAGAUCAUGAGUAAUUAAUUACUUUUAUAUUCAGAGAAACAGUCAACCAUGCACAACUAUAUCCAUAUCUAUUGCUACUUAUCUAAUUAUACACACACAGAUAACAUAUAUUUGUAGUUUUGUGUGCAUACAUUUCUAUAUUCAGAGAGACUGAGAAAGAGAAGGAGUUGGCCAUCACCUGUGCACAGGCCCGUAGCCAGGAUUUUGAUUCGGGGGGGGGGGGGGGGCUGAGUCUGAGUGAGAGAGGAUCUACACAAGCAAACCUUUUGUAUCGUUAUCCCAGUACCCCCAUGCAUAUGGGAUAUAUUGAGCAUGGUGAUCAGAUCAUGAUAUGAAUAAACAUAAUAGUACCCGUAAGGCCUUCUCGUGGACCACCCUGAGAAUUUCGGGGGGGGGGGGGGUCUGAAGCCCCUCAAGCCCCCCCCCCCCCAGCUACAUGCCUGCCUGUGUGUAUAUAGAUGUUAAGUUCCCAAGUUAAUAUUUUAGGGACAAAAUCUGAAAUCCAGAAGGUAGACUCUUGUGAAGCCACGGGGAUAUGUCCUUGCAAUGUCAUAGAGGCAAGACUGAGAAGGUUUGAGAAAGAUCCAGAAGUGCUUCUAGGCCAGCUGAUUUUGGAAAUGGGCAUGGAAGGCAUGGAAAUAGAUAAGCAAAAUGGGGGUAACAUGGCAACCCAGAGCCAAGGAGAAAAACAAAAUAGAAGGAAAAAUAUAUCCAGCAGCUGCAGCAGUUACUGCCAUUCCUGCUAGGACUAUCCAGAUUUUUCCAAGUGCUGUACUUGGGAAAUGGAAGAACACAUCAUGACGUUUUCCCCCCAGUUCCUCCACCACAUUAUGCUUGUGCAACUGGGACAUUCAUGGGCCAUGACUCUGACACUCUGCUUGCUGCCCUACUCCAGGUGACAUGAUGUCCCCACUAAUCAACAGUUCUGUGUCCAGUCCCCUCCUCAUUCUCCAGGCUAACAUUUUGUAAAACACCAGUCGGCUCUGGAGCUAGCUGGAAAUGGUUGGAAAGGGUACCCAAGCUUUAACGCAACCUCAUAUAUAAAACAUAAAGCUUCUCUUGUUCUAGAGGUGCUCACUCUGAGAUUUGUCUCCCUAACUGGAGACUUGGAAAGCAUAGCAAAUUCUUGAUACUCCAGCCAUCACCUGAGAAUGCUAAUAGAAAUAGGAAUAGGUGGAGAUGAAGAUAUAGAUUCUCUGUGUACAAAAAGCAAGAUGUCAGUAUAAAAGGCUCUAGCCUAGCUUUCUCAUUUAGUUUUUAAUGUGUGGGAAGGUGGUUGUCUUUCAUAGGAGAGCAUUCAAACAAGCAAUUCUCCAUCUGCAACCUGAAGCAGUUUAGAAAAAGAUUUACAUAUCCUCCAGCUAUUACAAUUUGGUAAGGGAUGGUCCUAGUUAAUCCUCUGCCAUCCCACAUUUUCAGCUGCUUAAAAAAUGCCCUGGUUCUUAUCUCCUUUCCCCACUUUCCCCUUUGUCCUCAGGUUACUUCAAUUCCUCCAAAAGGCUUUUUAAUAACCUUUGCAAUAUUAACACUCUGAUGUUGCUUGAUUACACGUGUCCUAGUUUUCAUCUGUAAAAUGUUGGAAAAUAUGAAUUUACAAUAUGAUCUACUAAGACUAAGACAAAAGUUAUGUUCCUUACUAAAAUAAAAACUGUAUAAUCCCUCACGAGUAAUGUAGAUGCUGGUGCUCCUCUACCCUUGCCCACUCCAAUACUACCUAGAAUAAUCACAUUAAAAUGAACAGAUCCACUCCGAAGCAAGUGACUUGAGGACUGCAGCCACUAUUAUUCUUCUGUAUAUAUAACUUUUGAGAGCCAAUCUAAAAAGCAACAUCUUUCUUCAUUUAUUGCAAUAUAUACAGUGGCUCUGAAAUGCAAUAUUGGGUAUAUUUUUUUAAUGGAGUGCUCCUAUUUUCACGGCUUACACUGAGUAAAUGCAGUCGUCAGUUAAACAUACUAUCAACUUUGUUCAAUUGAAAAAAAGCCUAUAUGAUUUUUUUUGUUUUACUUUUUGUUUCCUCUUUAACUUUAGAGAACUGUGGAUAGUUCAUCAGUAUAACCAUAAUGAGAUUCAUUUUGUUAGAGCAAGUUAAGUAGAAAACUGUACAUCAAGUCAACAUGUACCCCACUCUUCACAUUGUAUUCCACUAAAUAAAUAAAUAAAUUCGUAUGUC